CAGAUCUGGGACACCGCCGGCCAAGAGAGGUACAGAGCUGUCACUAGUGCAUACUACAGAGGCGCGUUGGGAGCUCUGCUAGUCUAUGACAUCACCAAGCGCCAGAGCUUUGACCACAUACCUCGCUGGCUGGAGGAACUACGAGGGCAUGCAGACAAGAACAUUGUCAUCAUGCUGGUUGGCAACAAGAGCGACCUUGAAGACGAGCGGGCUGUUAGCACUGAGGAUGCCAAGGAGUUUGCUGAGAAGGAGAAUGUCUUCUUCCUGGAAACAUCUGCACUGCAGGCCACCAAUGUUGAAAAUGCUUUCCAGACUGUCCUGUCAGAGAUCUUCAAGAUCCACAGCAAGAAAAACAUUGCGGCUGAACCAAAGGCCAAUGGGUCCGCUCCGUCGCUGGCAGGCAAGAAGGUCCUUGUUCCAGGACCUGCGCAGGAGAUCCCGAAGAGCAAGUGCUGCAGCUCUAUGUAACUUUGAUUCAUUUGUCUGUGUUUUGAGAAUAUUCACGUGGAUUGGAUAUAGAUUCCUACUGAGAUAGUCUUAGGUUUUGAGUAUUCAUUGAUUUGGUGAGGCGGAUGGGGUUGGUAUCAUAGCUAGAUCUGUCACUUGUCUCAACUGUGACAAUGAGGUCAGGAAGUGAGCAGAUGAGCUCUUCUUAGGUCUGAGCUGUGGAUCGAUAGCUCAUAACCGUGUAUGACGAUUGCUUCAUGACACCUCGAAGCCUUUGUGUAAUGGUAUGCCUAUUAUAUGGGCUCGUUGCUACUGUUUAGGCUUUACUGUAUCGGUGCCUCUGUAUCAAGUAGCAUUCAUGUAGCGGAUUUGCCACACUUUAUUAUUUUAAAACCAUUUUUGGAGAUGUAAAACA